UUGUUGUAACAGCAUCACCGCCAAACGACCAAAGCGAACGAAAUCACAAAACGACUCCAGCUUUUGGGAGCAGAGACUCACUUCUUGAGAGAAACCGGCACGAGGUCGACAGACCGGAGGAUCAAAACUCAGUGUGCAAUAUCUUGACUAGAAGCCAGCAGCUGGAAAUCGAGUUGGACACUGAGCUAUAGCCAUCAUCGUAGUUUUUACAGAUCCUCAAGAUCCUUAACCGAACACGAUCAACUCAGCGAGUUACCGGCGUAUUGAAGAACACGAGGCCUCACAAGUUGAUGAUUAAUGGCGGAACUGUUAAUUAGUGGUCACACAAGCUACGUUCCAGAUGACGGACUAAGCGCCAAUCAGUUGUUUAAAGAAGGCGAAGGUUUAACUUACGAUGAUUUCCUUAUUUUGCCAGGAUUCAUCAAUUUCACAGCAGAUUCCGUUGAUCUUACAUCGGCUCUCACCAAAAAACUUACUCUCAAAACCCCGCUUGUAAGUUCACCCAUGGAUACUGUUACUGAGUCAAAGAUGGCUAUCGUUAUGGCACUUCACGGAGGAAUAGGUAAACUGACUAUUUGUAGUUUAAUACAAAUGUUGAUAUUUUAGUCAAGUGACUCUUAAGUUACCUCAGUGAAAAUCAUGAAAUACGAGGUCUCCAGAGUAAACAUUUACGGGCUUGAAGGAGGGUUUCGGUCUGACAGGUACAUUAUAAUAAUAGCCUGCGAACUGCAGACGUAUUUCCGGCCGUCGGUUCACGGAGGGAGAGAAACAACGACCGGAAAUACGUCUGCAGUUCGCAGGCUAGCGUUCUAAUAAUUUGGCAGUAAAAUUCACAACCAUAUUAUUGCUUGUACACUCUUUUCUAAAAAGUAAAUGGACGUUAGGCUUAACAGGAUUAUUGAAAAAUCUACUGGAAGAAAAUUAUGGAGGAAGUGAAAUGAGAAAUAGAGACAAAGCGCAAGAUAUCACGUAAACCGGCUUCUGUUUGUAAAUCUCCACGUUGUGUCCAUGGCUUUAUCAAAAUAUUAGUAUGACUCUUAUUUUCAGAGUCUUUCAGAGUCAAGCAAACAGUCUUAACUGUAAAUCACUCAGCUCAGUGCUUAAUUGAUUCUAAUUUUUAUCGACACGCACUGUCGCUUAAGUUUUAGCAGGUAGGUAACGGUAAAUCGCGUGACAAGGGCUGCACACUACUUGCGUACUGAGUGGGGAGGGGACAAGACUGUGGAUUGACGCUCUCCCCAUUCUUCCUCCUUUUCAUCGCUCGCCUUACUUUUCACGCGCGCUCCAUCAUCUGAACGCCGGGUAGUCUAAAAUGGCAGUCUCGAUCCCCUUCCAGGUGGAGGGGUGGGGGCAGGGGGGUUUUGGGCGAUCUCACCCGAGACCCCACGGUUUAGUGGGCGGAAUCGGCUGAAAUUAAAGGCUAAACGCUUAGAACGGAGUUCGAGUUUCCAAGAUCCUUGCGUUUUUUAUGACGCUGACAUGAAGUACUCCCUCUCCCUUCUCCUCACCUCUGUGUAGUCUGAACUGUCAUCCCUCUCUUCGACCAACCCCCCCAGCGGGUGACAAGGCCCGGCUCUUUCCUUGCCGCCAGUUGGAGGGUGGGGCGAACAACCGGAUGACAUUUCAGACUAACCGCCGUGAUGCCGGCUUUGGUGUCAGAAGCCGGUAAUACAUGGCUCUUGAUGUUGUAUAUACUGCACUACAGUGGGCCUCUUUAUUUUCAACGAUCUUGUAAUUACAGAUUUGAGUACCAGCUCUUUUUUAGGUUACCUUCCUCUUUCAUUCUUUUAAUGCAUUUUCCAGGGAUAAUUCAUCACAACUGUAGCGUUGAAUUUCAAGCUAAUGAAGUGCGCAAGGUCAAAAAGUUCAAACAAGGAUUUAUCAACGAUCCCAUAGUCCUUAGCCCAAGCCAUUCAGUGCGUGACGUCAUGGACAUCAAGAAAAAGUGUGGUUUUUCAGGCAUACCACUGACCGGUAAGGCUCAGUUAGUGGAAUGUGAACGCGGCUUUACAUGGCGAUGUCUUCAAUCCUAUCUUUUUCACAUUCUUAAAUAGAGAGGAUCUCCUUUUUAUGGACAGAACUGGCUUGAUUUUUGUUAAAUUAACAUAGACUCAAAAAACUUCUCUUUUGAACUUUUUUUGAGCAGUUUUCCGCGGGUGCUUAGGCCCGGUUCUCACAAGCGACGUGAACGCGAGCAAAAGCACGAGAGUUGUUCUCACCGAUCCAAACGCAGUUAUAGCAAGAUACGCACGCGCAUUUGAGCACUUUGCAUUCUAACAUGACGGACGAAAUUUUCUCCUUGUAAUCCUUGCGUUUACACUUUCCGUUUGCCGUUGUCUCAGGAUGCAAGCACAAGACCGGGCCGACCCAGGAAAUGGAACAAUUUUCCAUUUAUUACGUCGUCGGCACUUGCCUUUACGUUUAUGUUGAGGUAGAUCACACGUGUGUUCUCUCGUGCUUGCUCCCCAUGUUGAUAAUGAUGAUGAUUAAUAUUUAUUAUUAUUAUUAUUAUUAUUAUGGGGUUGGUAGUGGUGGUGGUGGAUGACAGUGAUGAUAAUGUUGCGUUGUUUGGUUGUUACUACAAUGGGGGUAGUAAUUAACGAAAAUGGUAUUAAGAACUGAGACCGUAUCGCCUAUUCCGAUAACGUAUAGCGUUUACUUCGUAACAGAGUUUGAAAGUCAACAAACACGCUGAUAAUUCUUCUGUUUCUUUCUAACUUAGAUACAGGCUGUCUUGGCGGUGUUUUAGUUGGAAUCGUUACUUCGCGCGACAUUGAUUUUCUCAGCCAGUCUCAGUAUGAUAUGAAAUUGGACGAAGUAAUGACUCCGAGGGAUCAGCUAAUUGUAGCUAAAUCAGGAUGCACGUUGAGGGAAGCGAAUCAGAUUUUACAGAAAAGUAAAAAGGUAUGUCUGGGUUUCCAAGGUGGCUGCAGUUAAGUUACUCAGUUAUAACACCUUUAACUUGAAGUGAACGACUCCAUGGUCUUUUCUUAUGCCUCUCAGCCCUUAGCCUGCAGAACAGACAUUAGGGAGAACAACAUUGUUUUAAGCUACGGACGCCGUGAGGUUAAACGUGCCUUGACGAUUUAAAAUUUGUAUAGCUUAGCUUCUUUACUCUUAUAGAGGCAAUUUGACUGAAAAUUUGGGCAAAAUCAUCGUCCAAAAAUGAAAAAAGGCUACUUCCGGUUGACGUGCGUUGCUCAAAAACGUUGUUGCUUAAGCUCACUAUUGUUUUGCCGUGUUAUCCUAGCGAGCGAAGGCCAACCUGAAAAACCUCAAAAAAAUGGCGCCUGUAAAGCCCGAAAAAGUGAGUCCUAAUGCUGCUGAGUUUACUCUCUUUACCUCUAAAGGAAGUUCCAUUGGAGAGCAAUGAAAAUAAACAGAACUGGAAAACAAUUAAAGUACAAAACUACAAGCCCAGAUGAAUAUGCAUUUCAAGUUAAUCUUCAUCUACGCUAUUGUCCAUAACAUUUUCCACUGAAUUUGUACUUCAUAAUUAAUAAUGUACCUGUUUUGGUUUCCCAAGCCUCUGUUUCAAAGCGAGGCUAAGCGCGAAGCCACUGAUAUUGAAAUACUUUUUAUUCUAAUGUAAAUAAAAACUCAUUUUCACAAGAGAGGGUUUGCACUAAGCUUCGUUUUGAAAGUGAGAGUGUGUAGAACUCGGAAAUUGCUUAUAGAACUAAAAGCGCAUUUUCCCGUUCCCUGGGAACGAGAUUGGUUCAGCCGACAACCAGGACGUUUCUCGCGUGGACGAAAAGAGACAUCUACGUCCGCAUUGUUAAUGCGAUAAAUCCCCUUGUUUAGUCUUCCUCUUAGCUUCGUAGGACAAUGAACCUAUUGUAGCUUACCAGUUAACACAGUAGCUUUCCACCUCUCUACAGGCCAAGUUACCCAUUGUGAACGAAAAUGGAGAACUGGUAUCAUUGAUAGCUCAUACAGAUCUUAAGAAAAACCGCGAAUAUCCACUGGCUUCCAAGGACAGUAAAAAACAGCUACUUGUUGGGGCUGCAGUGGGCACGCGUGAGGAGGAUAAACGUAGAAUCGAGGCUCUCGUGCAAGCUGGUGUCGACGUGGUUGUGCUAGACUCGUCCCAGGGAAACUCGGUAUUUCAGAUAAAUCUCAUCAAGUACAUCAAAGAAAAUUUUCCUGAUCUACAGGUACGUAGCUUUCUUCUUCAAUUACAAGCGAGAAUCAGAUUUAUGAUAGACAAUUCGAAUUUGGCUGUAAGGAGGCUGUUCCAGAACUUAAACAAUCGGGAACACCAAUGAAAAUGGAGACCAAAUUUCAAAAAUGGUUCGGAAAGUUGAAACUUAAAGUGCAUUUGUCUUUAUUGUGAGCUGGUAGCCUAUUAUGCCUACUGGCAUGAUGACAGGAGCCUAUUGAUGAGCAAUAUUGAUAAUGAUGAUGACUACAAAGGGGGAACGAAAGUGAUUGACAAAAUCACACCAAAGUUUUCGCUCUAUCAAUAGCAAAAGUAUAUCACUUGUGGAAAGACGAAUUAAAGAGAAAACCGAUUGAAAAUCUUAAAGAAAUAUUAAGGGAAGAGGUGAUAGAAAAGACGAUACCUGAAAAACUGCGUUUUGUGAAACAUCAUACGAAAUCUCUGCAAGAGACGGCUGGGAUCGUGCAAAUGACGUCUUAAAAAGCCACCCUAUUGAGAGGGCUGCUAUCUCCUUCGGAGAGAAAAAGGGUUAAUUAUGUACUAAAUGUACUGAUAAAUUGUCAACGUACUUGUUGCAGAUUGUAGCGGGAAAUGUUGUUACCGCCGCCCAGGCGAAGAACCUCAUAGACGCCGGCGCGGAUGCACUGCGCGUAGGAAUGGGCAGCGGUUCUAUUUGCAUUACCCAAGAAGUGAUGGCAGUCGGUCGGCCCCAGGCUACCGCUGUGUUUCGAGUCGCGGAGUACGCGCGCAGGUUUGGUGUCCCUGUGAUAGCUGAUGGCGGGAUAAGAUCUGUUGGUCAUAUCAUCAAAGCGCUUGCGCUCGGAGCGUCAACAGUCAUGAUGGGCUCACUUUUGGCGGGAACUUCAGAGACACCUGGAGAAUACUUCUUCGCAGAUGGAGUUCGGUUAAAAAAGUACCGAGGUGAGUUCUGUCCUGGAGCCGAAAUGUCAGAAAUCUCAAAUUUCAUGGAAAAUAUAAUUUCGGACGUUUGAGAGACAUGGGAACGAAUUAUUCAGAAACCAAUAUUCUGACGGCGCGCGGGAUUUGUAGGGUAGUUUUCGGACUAUUUAAGGUUUUGGCGCGAGAUAUGUGUCAUUCUACGUCAGCUCAGUCGUCGUGAUCGUUAUCAUUUUUUUGUAAAGCUUCUUUUCCGAUGUCUCAUAUUCUUUCGAGUUCGGAAUAACCGUGAGGGUUUGGGUACUUAGUUAAGGCAUUUUUAAGCUUUUGGUCCUGUACUCCUUUGAAAUGAGUUCUUUUUGCAGUAUUCUACAUUGUUAUAACGUAUAUAGCCUUCUAUGUUUUCACUUGAGGCUUUUGCCCGAGGUUCCGAGUCACUGUAUUAGCAGGGGAAUACGUUUCCACAGAUUUUUUUGGCCACUUCUUAAGGGUGUUUUUUUUGUGAUUUUUCGUAUAUGUCUUGGCACAUCAAUCUAACCUAGGAACAUAUGAUGGUGUUUUGCUAUAGCUAUGGCAGAGGUGUAACUUAGCUAGGAUGCAUCUACACCAGAUGACUGUCUGACGCAUCCUAAAUAAACUUUCACAUUGAAUGUCUCGUGUUCGUGAAAGUCAGAAUAGCACAUGGUACCAUGUGAAAGAAGCGCUUAAGAGGUUUUCGAAGGUUUUAUUCGGGGUUUUAUUAAAUAUGAUUAGUCAAAGCGUAGAAAUAUUUAUUUGAUCUACAGACUCAAGAGUUAAAACUAUUUCCUUUUUUCCAUGAUUGACUUUGACAGUGAAAGAGUAAAAUUGUUCCAAUAAUCGGCUAGAACAGUUUUUUUCUUUCUUUGGCUUUGAAAAAAUGCGUAGACACUUAUAGAAAGAGUGAGUUAUGCUAUUCUGAAGAGCAAACGGGAGUAAAUGCAAACGAAACGUUCAGUCAGAGAGGGGCAGAGUAUGAUUUUAAGCAAGUGGCGGAAGAGAUAAGCAAAGUGUUAAGCGAAUAAUGCUUAAGUGGUUGAAGGAGCUUCUAUCUCGUAGACCGCGAUCAUCUUCCAUGACUGGAUUGCACAGACUUUUUUGGAAUCAGCAAAUUUCGCGGGAAAAGAAAUCGACCUCUCAAACGUUGUGCCACGUCUCCGAGCACGUUGGAUCCUCCGAUCGAGCCGAAUUUGGAAUUCAUACAAAAGAACAGGAGGAAAAAACAAAACAAAAUCGUAAAUCUCAUUUUACGACUUAUAUACUUGUGAAAUCAGAUACAGCUAAAAAGGUCGUACUCCAGAAGCACUUGUUUGAAGAACGCAUUAAAAACUACUUAACCCACUUUGAAAGGUAAAAGUACUCAAAGUUAAUUCCUUAAAACAGAACAGAACCAUGAAAACUGUCUAUCAAAAAAGGUUCCAUAUGGAUAGUGAUACCAUGAAGUAGCUAUAGCCUGCUUAAAACUUAGAACUACAUGAACAUUUGGCGUAUUAUGAUAAGCAGUUGGGUGAAGGUAAACAAGUCAGCACAAAUAAGGCGCUUUCCGGCACGAAAUACGGGUGUCUCGUGACUAAGUAUAUUACUAAUGGAAUUUAAUCUGUAUUUCCGUAUUAGCGUUUAAAAUCUCCAGGUGGGGCGUUACAAAGUUUCAAGCUUUAAGUAGUAAGCUAAGCCUUUCUCGUUAUCUGUAUUCCAAUAGUAGCUAAUAGUGAUCACUAUCGGAUGAACCACCUGUCAGCAAAAUUGGUUAUGCUAGACCGUCUGGGCGCUGUCCACAGUUCAAAAAAGUGUUUGCAGAAUUUAUAGUAUACUGUCGUAGAUACAUCAGCCAAGGAUGUUAAAAAUGGGAUCAAAACCUAACUUGAACACUAGCUCUAUCAGUAACUUCCUUUCCAAUUCUCGGUUUUGUUCUUACAAGGCUUAUCGUUUUCCCGUUCCCCGUUCCCCGUUCCCCGUUCCCCGUUCCCCGUUCCCUGUUCUCGCUCUCCGUUUUAGUAACAUCCCCUGAACAAAAAGGCGUCUUGCGCCAGCAUGUGUCGAGAGAGCUUCUUUUAAUUUUUUUUUUUUUUGGAAAAAUGUCUUCAUUUAGUUUUGUUUUUUUUUUGUGAGAAAAUGUCUUACCGUUUGACGGCCCUACCGAGGGGGCGGGCAAGCCCCCUACCCCUAAAGUAGUUUUAAAAACAAAAUUUCGAUCUCGACGAUCUUACGGAAAAGAAACAAGGGAAAUGAAUAUUACCAUGUGAGGGUACCGCCAGAGAAGUUUGAAGUGAUUCGUCUCACAUUAAAACGUUCUCUCGGAUGCGUUUGGUUGCGUCUGAAUGUUGUUCAGUACAACCUUGUUCCCCGUUCUCUCCUCCUCAUCCCUGCUGCCUCUCUGGCUCCGCAGGGGAGAGAAGGAUAGGACCGUUGGGACGAGGUUGUCUUUGUGUUCGUGUUACCUUGUUUUUCUCUUACGAUAAACAGAGGGCAGAUUUCCUUGGGAGAUAAUACCUGUUUAUUCGACCUUUGGAAUCUGCCAUGGCUCUUUGCCCCAAUAAUCUUGUUCUCAGCUAAAUCUUAUGUAAAAGGACAAAGUUUUAUAGGAGUGUAACCCGAGAUAAGUAUCGCACUUGUUUAAGCUUUUUAUUAUAAUCACAAUAUUAUUCUAAUGGGUAUCAAAUGCUAGAAUAUUCUCAUCUUAAACAGUCCCUAUGUGGUCCCUAUACCGUGACCUCCAAUGUUUAUUUUGAGGCUUAAUUGAGAGAAAGUCAUGAUGCAUCGAUUUUUCAAGACCAUACACUCAUUUGAUUACACGGAAACAUUUUGUUUUCCAUUUUUCUAAUACUAAAAUUGAAAAAUUGUUUGUUUGUUUUCAAAAUUCUCAUCUUAUAGUCGUCCUUUGUUUGAAGAAGAAAAGAUACAAGUGAAAUAGGAAAUUUAUCGAGUUGCAUGCGCGGUGGAGAACAGUAAUAAUUUUUUGUCACAAUCCGGAACUCUGGUUUUAAAUGUGAGCCAUUAGCAUGAGAUUAUCGCGAAACCCAAGGGAGGUCUACUGUUAACUUGUCAACUAAUGGUUUUAAGAUUAGAAAGUGUAAAAGCAGACUUUAAGUACUGUAUGCCUCCCGCAACUUUGUUUUGUAGUUCUCUUACAUCCUAGCUAAGGCUGAUUAAUUGCUCUUAAACUAGAUGCAACAAUUCAAAAAGUUGACUGUUUACUGCUCGCGGAUCUUAUGACUUGUUUAUAAUGUGGAAGGUGUUGAAUAAAACAGCUAUUGGUACCAGAUAGAGUGUUACAGUAAUCUGUUCCACACGAUGUUAUUUUAUGACAAAUCCAUUGACUCCUUUGGCAUAAUUUGAAAUUUUAUAUUGGGAUAAAGUUUUCUGGCGUAUUGUGAACAACAGCAUUAGAAAUAGUGACAAAUAAAGCUAAUCGGGUAGAAUGUUUAAGCAAUAUGCCACACUCCCUAUGGGUUUACCGGCGUGAUAACCCACGCGGGAUGUUAGGAGAACACGGGAAAAGCUUGUAAAUCACGAGCCGAAGGCGAGUGAUUUACAAGCUUUUCGAGUGUUCUCCCAACAUCCCAAGUAGGUUAUCACGCCGGUAAACCCAUAGAAGGUUCGGCUCGUGAUUUACAAGCUUUUCGAGUGUUCUCCCAACAUCCCAAGUAGGUUAUCACGCCGAUAAACCCAUAGAAGGUGUGGUCUAUUGCUUUUAAGAAAUAACUUUAAGUUUUCUAUGAGUUUACCCGCACAAUAAACCAUAGGUUUUUAACCAAUCAGAACGCGCGUACUGGUUUAGUUAUUUUAUAAAGUGUAAUAACUGCUAUCUCCAUUAAUGUAAGUGUUGUUGUUGUUGUAUUCUUUUUUCAAAUGUAGGAAUGGGAUCACUGGACGCGCUAGAACAUAGAUCAAGCCAAAGCCGCUACUUUGUCGAAAGCAACCGGAUGAAAGUUGCCCAGGGCGUGUCGGGGACCGUACCAGAUAAGGGUAGUAUCCAUCGUUUUCUCCCAUACCUUUAUGCGGGCAUACAGCACGGCUGUCAAGAUAUGGGUACUCAGAGUCUCUCCUCAACGCGGUCUAUGAUGUACCGCGGUCAACUUAAGUUUGAGAAGAGGACCACCUCGGCGCAAGCUGAAGGUGGCGUCCAUGGUCUACAUUCGUACGAGAAAAGGCUUUAUUAACUGUCCGACUCAGUAAAAAGCCGAACCUAACUUCUCAACAUUAAGUGCAAGGGGAAAGCCAAGAGCUGACGUGUAGGUGAACAAACCUAAAUCACUUGCCACUCCAAGAGAUGCUGCAAGACAGUUGCUAAACGAAUCUUUGGAUUUAUGCUUCAUUUUUUGCAUGGAGUGGCUUUUAACUUUAUACAGAGAGUGGCUGAAAACUUGAAAGGAUUAAUUCUGCGCGUGCGCUUGUUUAGACUGAAUAGAACCGCUGGUCGGAGUGACUUUCUUAAACUGAGAGCUUGAUUGAGUGAGUGUGCAUAAUUUGCUAACAAAGUUUGUGUUUCAUUUGAUAAACAUAAAAUUGUUUGUGUGAUUUUCUAUGUGAGCUGCAACCUGUUAUCGCUGAUUCCCAAACACUUUUCUCUUUUUUCAGUAUUUUAUUUAUUUAUUUUUUCGUUUUCUUUUACCAUUUUUCAAAUCGACAUCAACAGAAUCAGUCCUCCCGGGGCUGCGGGUUACACUUACUUUGGUAUUUGGUCUAUUUGCAUUGAAAGCCUGAUAUUUUUCUAGUCAGUUCUUUAAAGAAAUACUUUGAACGUAACAAACCAAAUAUACUUUACACGCCAUUUCUGGCGAUCGGAACUUAGCUAACCUGCGUAGCAUGGCUGUUUUGUCGAACGCACUACUGAAUAGCACGCGCCCAGCCGAAAAACCGCCAUGCUACGCAGGCUAGAAAUUAGCUUGUGUUUUAUUCGAG